ACACACACACACACACACACACACACACACACACACACACACACACACACACACACACACACACACACACACACACACACACACACACACACACACACACACACACACACACACACACACACACACACACACACACACACACACACACACACACACACACACACACACACACACACACACACACACACACACACACACUUUCUAAACCAGUGUCCAAACCCCUGAGUGAUCUGAGAGUGGCGUGAUUUUGGACCAUUCACCUCUACAUGUAUGGAUUACUCAGCUGUGUAUCGUCAUGGCUUUGUCAUAGUGAUUUCUUCUCUCCUAUUGGUCCGUCAGCCCUCUAUUACCUUUCCUCCAGCUGGCUCCCCCCUCCCCUAGGUGUCCUUGGUGCAAAGGUCUGACUCCAGGGCCAGAGCCUAGCUCAGCCCAAACUCACUGCCUGGAUCCUGAUCACACUGACCACACUGCAGAGGCAGACAGAGAGCAACACACCUGACACGCACUUACCCGUCAUGGAGAGUCUGACAGUACCUGUUGUGGUUGGAACUUCUGUGGUGGUCCUCUCUGGGCUCUACUUCCUCCUCCGAGGUGAUAAGAAGAAGAAGCCACUUCCACAGACACUACAAGAUUCUACAGUUAAAUAUCCACUGCCCCUCAUAGAGAAAGAGGAUAUAAGCCAUGAUACAAAGCGCUUUCGCUUUGGCCUUCCCUCUCCCACACAUGUCCUUGGACUGCCAGUAGGACAGCAUGUGUACCUGUCAGCUAAGGUGAAUGGGAGCCUGGUCAUCCGGGCCUACACUCCUGUCUCCAGUGAUGAGGACCAGGGCUUUGUGGACCUGGUGGUCAAGGUGUACUACAAAAACACUCAUCCUAACUAUCCUGACGGAGGAAAGAUGUCCCAGUACCUGGACGCCAUGAGCAUUGGGGACAAAAUAGAUUUCAGAGGACCCAAUGGACUCCUUGUAUACACAGGAAAUGGCAAAUUUGCCAUUCGACCUGAUAAGAAGUCUGAGGCCAAGGUCCGCAAGUUUAAACAUGUCGGAAUGAUCGCUGGUGGAACAGGGAUCACCCCCAUGCUGCAGCUGAUUCGCAGUAUUACAGGAGACCCUGCAGACAACACCAAGUGCUCGCUCAUAUUUGCUAACCAGACUGACAAGGAUAUCCUACUGCGGGAUGAACUAGAGGAGGUGCUGAAGAGUCACUCUGACCAACUCAACCUGUCCUACACUCUGGACAAGCCUCCACAGGACUGGAAGUACAGCUCAGGAUUUGUGAACGCUAAUAUGAUGAAAGAGCACCUUCCCCCGGCAUCCAAUGAUGUGCUUAUUGUCAUGUGUGGCCCACCCCCCAUGAUCCAGCAUGCAUGCCUCCCCAACCUUUCCACUCUGGGCUACAAGACAGAGAACACAUUCACAUACUAGUAACUCCCAGGCCCUGCCAACUAGGCAUAGAACCCCAUAUAUACAUUAAACUGCACCAGGACAUUUGAGACCAUUUGUUAUAUUGACUUAUCUGUGUAGAAUAUCAUGUAAAAGCCUACACUACAAGACCAAAGGGAUAUUUUCUAGGGGUUUUAAUAAAAGAAAAUGUCAUAUUUGCAUGUUUAACAUUCAAAGAACAGUUUGAACUGUUUUGUGUUAGAAAGACUGUAAUAAGGUUGGUUGGGUUUUGGAAUGUUUGGACUGUUCCAGUAACAAUUCGUCUAGAUAAGUAUUGUCUCUAAAGCUUUUUGACGUGCUAUUUUUAACCCUCCUGCUGUGUUUGGGUUGAAUUGGACCGAUUUACAAGUUUUCUCUCUGAAAAAUGUAGUUCAUUUCAUCUGAUUGUCAUAAGGUUCCAUGACUUUUUCCACACAGGGCAUCUGAACACACAAAAUACAUUUGUAUGAUUUUCAUUACAUUUUGGGUGUUUUAUUUACCGUUUGUACACCUGUAGUGUUCCCGGUCAAAAAUGACCGGUCAUUAGAAAUGACUGGGUGAGAUGACAAUUAGUGUAUAAAAAUGAGUUCAGGCACAUGUCCUUUCAUCAAAUGGACACACUUCCUCUGCACGCCCAAUUUUUCAGUUUUUGAUUUGUUAAAAAAGUUUGAAAUAUCCAAUAAAUGUCGUUCCACUUCA